GCCAUGUCAUUUCGCUACAGGCUAUCGAGUGCAGAUGAGGAGGCAAGAAGGCGGAAUGUAUAGUCCGGAGAACGCCGAUAGAUAACAUUUCUGAAGUGGCAAAAUGUAACUAUUAUUUAAUCAUCUUGUAUUAAGCUUAGCACAUUGAACUCAUCAAUCAUAAUUAUAGCCUAAGUAUUCCACCGCAUUCUGCCUCUCGUUCAGAACCACUACCACCUCGACGAUGGCUGGUAACCCUCCCCGACUGGAGCUAGACCUAUCAUCAAAUAGUACCUCGUUUAAACGCUCUUUUGACCAGCUGAACAUUGACAUAGACAGCAGUAUCGGCGAGGAUAGCAUCGGAGGAAGCAACAAUGCCAGUGGGAGCGCUGAUAGCGGUGGUAGUGAACGGAACAAACGAGCUCGAAGCGAGAGCGGCUCAUCAUAUGUCGAUAGUCCUUCCUUCCUCUCUGAUUCUGCUGGACCCUCCUCCGCCCGUAGCCUUGCGAGCACUUCUUCCAACAGCUUGACCGUGCCUACUGACGCAUUUACAGCAGUAGCCUCUUCCAGUCAAUUGAGCCCGCUUCGCGAAGACAGCCCGCCUCUUGGUCUCGCGCUUCAGAAUGUCGGCAUCCUACCUGUGACCAUGGAGGGUGUAGUCUCAGAGACGCCUCCACCGCCUUCGGGUUCCGCGCACACCACAGCCUCGCUCAUGUCAUCUUCAGCCACUCAGGAGAAUGACCAGUUCAGCAGACUGUCGCUGGAGCGGUUCAAUGAGUUUGAGCGCAACAUUUCUGCCUUGCGACAUUCCGAUGAUCCCGUGCCAGGUCCUAGUCUACCGUUGCCAGCGCGCCCUCCAUUCGUGACCGAUGCCACAGCUGAUUCACCUGCAAUUCCUGAUCAGCCGCGAUCCACCAUAGAAGGCCACCUUGACAAUCUAGCUGAUUUUGCUGAAUAUCCCGAAUCGUCCUACUCGUUCACACACAUUGUUCAUUCUGGUCACCGAGAUAUCGCAUCCCCUCCCGUACUACCUGACAUUCUUCCACCUUCCCCCUUCCGUGAUCUGGACGACCUCUCUUGGUUCAACGACGGCCCGAAUAGCAAUUCUGGUCGCGAGAGUGCUGACCACGGCGCAGGCAGUCUUUCUGUACAACCGUCUAUGUCGUCUACAAUGGUCCAAGAGCCGCCCGUUUCGUCCGCUUCCUCCCAUUCCUCUGUCCCGAAUCUGCUGGGACAUGUCAGGGCACUGGGCCGAGUUCGAAUGGCUCUCGCACCAGUCCCCGCGCCUCCCGGUACAGAGGAUCUCUUGACUGCGAAUCUCGAUAGCCCAGCUCUUCGGGAAGAAACACAACAUACAUAUAACAGGUCCAGGCCUCCACAAAUCCCCGCGUCUGCCAGAUCUGAGCUUUUCCUACCACCGUCGGACACCCUUGAUUCUACCGAUGCGUACGGCCGUGAUCGUAUCAGUCCAGAGGAGGCACUCUCAAGGCUGGAAGAGAUUGAGAGAUCCCUUGAACGCUAUCUUAGCGCUGGCCUGCCUGGCGUCGAGCCAGCACAAGGAGCUUCACACCGCUUACUUGGCAUGCAAAGACGCCUUUCUAGUUACUCAGGGCUUCUUGGGACAAAUUCUCGUAUACCACCACCGACAGGACCUCGAGGGCCACACGUCGUGAAUGAGCAGAACGGUCCCUGCGAGACCCGCGAAAUUGCUCUCAUCCGACGGUUCAUCAUUGAACUCCGAGUGAUAGCAAGACAGAUGGCCAGGCUACGUGCCACAGAGAAUGCCAUCCGGAAUGUACUCGAAAGCAGUGCAAAUGCAUCUGCGACCGCGGACAAUGCGGCCCGUCAGCCAGUUACAAACGCGAAUCGAUCACAGCGUCCGGAUCCCCCAUCGACAUCGUGGCGUCCGACCUCAUGGCGUCCUCAAACAUCCUCUGCAGCUGAUUUGGGCGCUCGCGAUUUGGCGAGGUAUCGCUACAACACGGGCCCCGGCCCGUCUACCUCGUUGGUGUCCGAGAGUGCUGCUGAACGUCGCCGCAUGCUCGCCCAGGAGGCGAUCUCACGUGGUCUGGACGUAGAGAGAUCCAAUAUUAGAGAGAUCUUCGACAGACUAGUGUCCCCCACCAUCCCAGAACACCCUAUACCAAGCAUGGGAGGCUAUUCAGCGUCAUUCGCAACACGGUCGGAGCAGGCCAGGGGAAUGUCGGACACCAACGAUGCAUCACGCAGGGGCAGCCAGAGGGGCACUGAUGAACGUCGGGACAGAGAUCAGCUUGCCGACUGGUAUUGGAACACGCCCCAUCUGCCGAGUGCUGACCGUCAGCGUGAAGAAUCCCGACCCGGUCGAGGAGUUCCUAGUGCUUGGCGGGAAAUAACUCAUACAGACUUCUUUGAUGAUGACUUCAUGCUGGGUCAGGCUGACCGUCGCGAAGACGUCGGCCCGUCGCAUGUUGUCCCCAGCACUAACAAUACAGGACCUUCGAAUACUACCGAAGACGGCUUUAUCUGGGAUGUAAUCAGCGAAUACAGUCCAAAUACGGCGGCUGCCUCCGGCGCGAGAUCAGCAGAGGCCUCUUUCCGAACCACGUCCCGCCCCUCUUCAGUUACAUCCGACGCAGAUUAUGGAUAUGUUCACCGUGCUGCUGCGUCCCGCGACCAGCCUCGCGCAACAGCUGCCGACACAACAUCUGUGUCGCGCUUCGAAGACUGGGACGGCUCCAUGGCAUCGUAUGUCAUGCGUCGCUCGCGCAGUACCUUGGAAGCGACAUCUCGACGCAGACAGGACACUCUGGCUAGACUGCGCAGCAUGCGAGAGGAGCUGGGUGAGCAGAACGCACCUGCGGUGUCUUUUACAGGCAAUGCACGCUCUGAAGAGGACGGAAACGGCUAUGACUUCCAAGAUGUCUCCGCGACCAUUCGGAAUGAACGAGCCGAGCGGCGGUCGUCCUUCAGUGUUAACGUAUUCGGUUCGUCUCCUCAGCAGACGCCGCAGCAGCCGUCAGCGUCACGCUCCACGCAUAGCGUCACGGUGCAGGCGGGUGGCGCGCCAGAAGAGCGUGCGUCGCCUUCCAAUGCGCGAAGAUACGUUGUAGCGAAUAUCGAUGCGUAUCAUGAUGGGCCAUUCAGGGCAGCACUGGAGAGAUCGAACCAGUCCGUGCGUAGACGUCCAGGCUUUGAAGGAGACUCGAGCGCUCGUGGUCAGGACUACGGCUCGCGUCCGCCAUCGCUGCCUCCUCUGCGUUUCCAGCGGAAUUCUAUUGCUACCGCUUCGAGCGUUGACUCUCGUCCUCUGGUCCUCCAACAACUGCACACGAGCAUCGUCCAGAUCCCGGCUCACGCCAUGCUCGUAAUGACCCAUGGCAUGCGCUUGUCGCUCGCAGCAUCGCAGAGUCUGCCGAACCAUCACGUCCAACGAACACGACAGGAGGCUCUUCUCGGGCCGCGGCUCGGCGCCUUUCCGACGAAGGUACAGGCCCGUGGUCCUCUGUUCCUGCAUCAACCCUCGAGCCGGGUGUGCGUGCGCGUGGCCGGGGACCAGAAAGGCGUGCGCUUCUCGCAGAACAUCUGGAUCGCGCCGUUCAGGCUGCAGCCGAGAGCCCCAACAGAACCCUGCAUUCUUCGCCACAGCGCAAUGAAGAAUCAAACAACAGAUCACGAUCGGAACGUACCACACAUGAUUAUUGGAGUGACAUAACCGACGACAGCUCCUCGACGCGUCCGUGGCGAGAUGCUCCUGUCGGUCCGUCGACCGCGCAGUCUCGCUGGAGUAGGCCCGCCAGCAGACCGGUCGUUCCAACCUUACCAUACCGCGCGCAUA